AUGGCUCGAAGGCUUAGAGAAAAGUAUACCAGGAUGCAUGGCCUUCAGAGAACUAAUGAUGAUGCUACUCAUCAUCAUCAUGCAUUUACGAAGAGAUAUCAAUACACUUAUUUCCCUUAUGAGCUUUCAAGAAAUCUUGCAUCACAUCUACAACUCUCCAUGAAUCUGUUUCAUCAAUUCAAGAAAAAUGAAGAUAAACAAGAUCAACGGGUGGAGUUUUACAAUUUUCUCCCUAUAAAUACGGACUCUAAUGGGAGUGAAGUACUCGACCAUGCAAAAAAUCCCACUUUAUGGGAA